AGGAGGCCGCCGCGGCGAAGUUCUCCGCCAUGAACCUGAGGGGCCUCUUCCAGGACUUCAACCCGAGUAAAUUCCUCAUCUACGCCUGUCUCCUGCUGUUCUCUGUGCUGCUGGCCCUUCGUCUGGAUGGCAUCAUUCAGUGGAGUUACUGGGCUGUCUUUGCUCCAAUAUGGCUGUGGAAGUUGAUGGUCAUUGUUGGAGCCUCAGUUGGAACCGGAGUCUGGGCACGAAAUCCCCAAUAUCGAGCAGAAGGAGAAACAUGUGUGGAGUUUAAAGCCAUGUUAAUUGCCGUGGGCAUCCACUUGCUCCUGUUGAUGUUCGAAGUUCUGGUCUGUGACAGGAUCGAGCGAGGAAGCCAUUUCUGGCUUCUGGUCUUCAUGCCUCUGUUCUUCGUCUCCCCGGUGUCCGUUGCAGCUUGUGUCUGGGGCUUUCGACAUGACCGGUCACUGGAGGUCGUGUGUGUCCCUCUGUGGAUUCUCAUGUCCUUUCUGUGCCUGGUGGUCCUCUAUUACAUCGUGUGGUCUGUCCUGUUCCUGCGCUCCAUGGAUGUGAUUGCAGAACAGCGGAGGACGCACAUAACAAUGGCACUGAGCUGGAUGACCAUCGUCGUGCCUCUCCUUACUUUUGAGAUCCUGUUGGUUCACAAACUGGACGGCCACAACGCGUUCUCUUGUAUCCCGAUAUUUGUCCCUCUCUGGCUUUCCUUGAUCACUCUGAUGGCAACCACAUUUGGACAGAAGGGAGGAAACCACUGGUGGUUUGGUAUUCGCAAGGAUUUCUGUCAGUUUCUGCUUGAAAUCUUCCCAUUUUUGAGAGAAUAUGGAAACAUUUCCUACGACCUCCAUCAUGAAGAUAAUGAGGAAACGGAAGAAACCCCAGUUCCAGAACCUCCUAAAAUUGCUCCAAUGUUUCGGAAGAAGACCAGGGUGGUCAUCACCCAGAGCCCUGGGAAGUAUGUCCUCCCACCUCCCAAAUUAAAUAUUGAAAUGCCAGAUUAGACACACUCCCUCGAACAGGAUGCAAGUGGACUGGGACGCACGCUGUCUUCUACCCUCCUCUGCCUCUCCGUUUACCCCACCCAGAACUGGAACUGGAGCAGGGGCUCCAGGGACUUCCAUCUCAUGCCUUGUUUGCACUCAAUGCCUACCAGUGACUCACCAUGACGGGACGCACACAGGGCAGGGGACGGGCGCGUGCAGUGUGGGCUGGGGGGGGGGUUGUCAGCGGCUGUGGGUGUGAUGGAGGGACCACAGGUGAGAAGGAGAAAGUGAUCCCCUCUGGGCAGGUGCCUCAGGAGCUGGCUUGGCUCUGUUGCGGAUGGCUGAUGAGGCCAGAGAAGGAACUGGUUUUCAAAGUGCUAAAAUUCCCAUCAAAAGUGUUCUUUGAAAAUGUUUCUUUAAACCAGGCUGGCCUCACCACGUAGCUUCGCGUCUGCCAUUGGGGUGCAGUCAGUGGACACUGUCGCCGAAGCUCCGGGGCCCCUUGCGCCCGCACCGCCCUUUCUGUGUAGCUCCUGCGGGGGGCGCUUUCUCCCCAGGCAGCGCCGACAGCGGUUUUUAAUGGCCCCAUUGCUGAGCCCUUUCUAAUGGAGUGACUCCGUGCCUGUAUAGUAUUUAUACAAAUAUUUUAGCAUUGUAAUAUACCGUGUCAAAUCCUAGUUCUGUACAGUAUAUUCUGUUAAAGUAUUUUUUUACGAGCUUGUAUUGGAGACAUAAGGUGUUCUGAUGCGGAAGUAGAAGUUGCUGGCACACCUGUCCCGCCCGGGGGCGCGAUGCCAUCAGGGCACAUCACCAUUUCCCCCGUGAGAUCCGCACAGUAGCUGCUGCCGCCGGAACAGCCACAAAAACCAAUGCCUAUGUCCGGGGAGUACCGGCUGUCAGACAACAAUCACGCGUGACCUGAAACUAGAAAUGCGGGACAGAGUGGCUGAGACGGGGAACAGCCACUGGAAGGGGGAAUUAUUAAGGUCUGAGGCCUUGUGUCUGCCCUUGACAGAAGCCCUUCCUGCUGGUCCCAGACCUUUCUUGAGAAGAACAAUGGCUCCCAGCGUGGCGAGGUUGCGGCGCGAGCCCUGAGGCAAGGCAGAAGCAAGCAGCCCUCCAGGCUGAGAGUCUUCUGGGAGAACAAGCAGCCCUUUGUUCCGGGGGGGAAAAGGAGCACCAACAUGCUCACCCAGGACGGGAGGGAAGGGUUUGACAUGUGCAGCAGCUGGCGUGGCGGAACCGGGCUCAACGGGUGUCCAGCACACACGCGCGCGUGAGACCACCUAGCACGGGCUCCCGCAAGCCUGUGGUCUCUGCGGUAGAGGGAGCGCUCGGGAUGGCGAAGCCUUACCUGCUUGGUGUGGAACGAAUGUAGCGCAAUCCACUAUUUUUCCUCCCUGCAGC